UGAGCAUCACUGACAGAAAAGAGGAGGCUGCAUCAUCACUGACUUCUCUGAUCACGUUAGAGUAUGCUGACACUAAUGCGUCGGAUUUUAUGUUUUAUAUCGCUCUUAAAACAGCAGAAUGGGUCAUUUAAGUUUCUAAAUUUACUUUCGAUAAAACGUGCAACUAUGAUCUUUGGUGAAGACUUUGAAGAUUAAAUUACUCACGGGGACGAUGGGGAUUUUUGCAUCCACCUUUGUGCACCCACACAGUGGAAGUUAGCUCCGAAGAGAGACGAGGCAAUACCUGAUGAAGUUGGUUGUAUAAAGUGACAGAAACUCUGCAAAAUCAUGCAGAAUAACAGCGGUACCCCCGGAGCUCUGACCGCGCUGAGUGUGUGCGGAGGAGAGGACGAAGAGCGAGACAUUCUCAAACUUGUCAGUCCUUCAGACGCUGCAUCCAACCUCGCGGCUUUUAACCUGUCCCUCAGCUGCUGGCUGCACAUCCUCUCCAAAGAAUCCACAAUGGACCUGCACGGGGACAGCGCAAACCUGGCAGUAAGUCCCUACUGUAUACAAUGAUAAGUUUCAGUCAAACGGGGGUUUUGACUGAAACUUAUUUUUCCGAUCCAAUCCGAUACCGAUACUUGGGCUGAGCGUAUCGGCCGAUAUCUGAUACCAAUCCAAACUACUGUUGAAUAAAUGAACUGUAUACUUUGCCCUGUGAGUGAAGGCAUCAGGCUUGACAUUAGCCUUGUUUAGAGGCAACAAAUUAACACAGAUAUAAAUUUACUUAAUACUAUUUAUUAAUAAAUAACAAAUUGCACAUUAGCACACAGCAAAAAGAAGUAAGGCUUCCAAGUAUUAAAAGAAAAAAAUAAUUAAAAGAAAAAAGACUGGAUCGGAACGCUGAAUCGGUGUCAUCCAUCCGAUAUCCGAUCCAGUUAAUUUGUCAAUAUUGGAGCCGAUAUCCGAUCUAAAUAUCGGAUCAGUGCAUCCCUAGUAGAUUAGUUAUCUAGCUGAAGUGGAGCGGCGGUAUAUGCUCAGUUUACAAAAAUUAGGUAAGUUUCAAGACUGGCAAAACUCAAAGAACAAAUAAUGGCAACUUUUCAAAUAAGAUCGUGAUCCAUUAGUUGUAACCCACCCAGAGCCGGCCCAAGCCUCAAUGGGGCCCUAAGCAAAAUUUGAUUCUCGGGCCCUCUAUUUCUGCCAAUAAUAUUGAUUGUUGAUCAUUCACACACCUUCACAAAUCUCUUUGAUUAACAUUCCAUGACAUGCAAACAUAUCUUUAUCUUGGCGUUUUUUUCUCUUCUUCCUCUUUCUUCCUCUUUCUUUCCUCUGCUUCUGAAGGAUAUGUCCUUUUUUGCGACAUUGUGUUGCCCCACAACUACCUGCACUUUGGAUGCUCAGUGCACAUUGCACAGCAGAAGGCACAUAACAGUAGCAGAGUUUUGACAUAUCGGUAGUGAGAAUCAUAGGCCUACAUCAGCAGCCGCACUAAAAUGUUUUAACUUUUUUUUUUUUUUUUACAGUAAUAUAGAUUUGAUCAUAAAGAAAGCAUCACUCUUGCAAAAAAUGAAAAAAUAUUUAUUUAUUUAUUUAUUUUUGAUUGCUCUUGGGGGCCCCCUAUUGGCUGCAGGGCCCUAAGCAGGAGCUCAGUUCGCUUGUGCCUUGGGUCGGCUCUGAACCCAGCAAGUAUUAGCCAAGAUACCAUCUUGUGCUGGUUUAAAUGUUGGCAGUGUUGUAUGGCGAACUAAGUUUUCACUGUAUGUUACCUGACAGGUCAGAGUCCUCAUUGCCCUGGUCUACCUGGUUGUCUGUGUCCUGGGACUUGUGGGUAACCUUCUGGCCCUCUUCCUGCUCCAUUCCCGCCGUGGGGGUCACCACCACCAUUCCUCCAUUGAUCGCUUCGUCAUGAGCCUGGCACUGACUGACCUCCAGUUUGUCCUCACCCUGCCUUUCUGGGCUGUGGACACGGUGCUGGACUUCCGCUGGCCCUUCGGCAGAGUUAUGUGCAAAAUCGUGAGCUCGGUCACCACCAUGAACAUGUAUGCCAGUGUCUUCUUCCUCACUGCCAUGAGUGUGACCCGGUACCACUCCCUGGUGACAUCGCUGAAGAUGGACAACCCGAGAAUUGCCAACGCUCGUGCCAAAUGGGCCAGUUUGGCCAUAUGGAUGGUGUCACUGGUGGCUACACUGCCUCAUGCGAUCUACUCAACCACAGUCCAGGUCGGUUGAUUUGAGACUGUUUUUCUAAAGCCACAUUUUUUGUUUUAGGUUUGAACCCUUUAAAGUAACUGUGUGUCUGUGUGUUCACAGGUGUCUUCAGACGAUGAGCUGUGCUUAGUGAGGUUCUCGGACUCUGAUUCAGACCACUGGGACCCUCAGGUCCUGCUUGGACUCUAUCAAACACAAAAAGUGCUCCUGGGAUUUGUAGUUCCUUUGAUCAUCAUCACAGUUUGCUACCUCCUCCUCCUGAGGUUCAUCCUGAGCCGACGGGUCGUCUGUAGCACCAUCAAUGGGAGCGUCACAGAAAGAUCAGAGUGCGAGAGAGGGCGCCACCGUCGACGCUCUAAAGUCACCCGCUCUGUAACCAUUGUUGUCCUCUCCUUUUUCAUAUGCUGGCUACCUAACCAGGCGCUCACCCUGUGGGGAGUGCUCAUCAAAUUUGACUUGGCGCCUUUCAAUAAAGCGUUCUACAACGCCCAGGCCUAUGCUUUCCCUCUGUCCGUGUGUUUGGCUCACGCUAACAGCUGUCUCAACCCAGUGCUGUACUGUCUGAUCCGAAGAGAGCACAGAGCCGGACUGAAGGAGCUCUUGCUAAGGGUGUCUUGCUCAGUCCGGAAUGUCAUUACUUUGGCUCUGAGAGGAAGGAAGGUAGAGGAAGCGCCACCCAGUAUACUUGUAGUUCACGAAGACGUCAAUAUGUGAUCCUCCAAGAAAGAAUAGUUUGACCAUGAGUCGUUUACUCUCUUGCUUGAAGAUGAAACUUACAGGACCCUGAUGUUUGUACACUACAUAUGAAACUGUGGCCGUCAGCAGGUUAGCAUAGCUUAGCCCAUUGACUAAAAAUGGAGGGUCAUUUUCAGUCCAUAGGCCGCUAUUAUAAUGCGGUUUCACAGUUUUGAGCCUGAACACGUCAGCAUCAGUGUAAGUGAACAAAAGUGCUUAAGUGUACACUUUUAUCUGCUGACAGAAAGCCACUUUGACAGUUUUGCAAAUUCAACAAAUCUGUGCUCAUCCAUCUCUCUAGAAAGAAGUGAAAUUAUCUGAAAUUUAUAGCUUUACUCGAACUGCUAUAUAGCCUAGAUUCCAUGCAGAUAUUCCAGCUGGUCCCUGCAUAAAGGAGCUGACCAGCUUACUUUAGACAAACACAUCAUACAACUUGAUUUAAGUAUUAAAAAAGACCAGAUCUCUAAAUUGCCAGUGUUUUUUAUGACAAUGAAUUUAUAAAACUUUUAUUGUCAAGUGUUCAUAUAGCAGCUAACAAAUAAUGACAAUAUCGUCAUUUAUUCACCUCACCUGGAUGAAAAAAGUCUUGACAGUGGAAACAUUUACAGAUAAAAGAAAAAAUUACAAGUAUUCAAAACAGAUUAUAACUCCAUUUCUGUGUUAAGAAACUGCAUAUAGUUUAUAUUUCUGUCAAACUCUAAUCUUAUGAUAAAAAAUUUACUCUACUGAGAUGAGGAACAAAGUUCUACAUUUCUCAGGCUUUUAGGGCAAAUCUUUAAAAACAUUUAAUAUUUUUUCUAAUCUAAAAUUUUAGAAAACACUGAAGUCAUUUUAUGGUUGAUAACUAUCUUAAAUUUCCCUUGUCAAAAAGUUUUGAAAAACCUUGUCGAUUCAGUCACAUUUUACCUGAAUCGAAGAGUGCAAUCAUUUUUUCCCACUUAAAUAUUCUUAAACUGAGCACCUAAAUAGGCCUAAAGAAAAUAUCAGCUCUGAACUCUCCAGCUGAAGACUGUUGGCUUCUUUGAAAAUAAAAUGGAGAAUACUGUUCAUGGCAAAUCUGUUAUUUCAUAUUGUUGAGCACUUCUCUCAAUUGAGGUUCACUGUCAACAGAGUUUUUAUCAGAAAAAAAAAGAAAUUGAGUAGAUUUACAGCAUCUGCUCUGCAAAUAUUGAAUUAAGCUCCUUGGUAAAUGGAGGAACUUAAUUAUUCUACAUGAACAGCUUCUUACCCAUCCUGUCCUGUGGUAUUUUGAUGUUGAAUUGUUCAACUUAAGUGAUCGUUAUUCUUUCAAUCUCAAACAUCCACACAGGGGCAAACACUGAAGACUGAAGGACUGUUCAACUUGUGUGUGAAAUCAUUGUGGACUUGGAGGCCUCCCACAUUUCACCCAUCAUUUAUUGAUUAACAAUGUGGCAGCAAUGAAACUGUUGGCCAUUUUCAUGUCCCUGCUGUAUGCUGUGAAAUGUUUUGUGAAUGCACAUAUGUAAUGUGACAUAAAAUAAAAGCAAGAGGACAAAAAGGA